AUGGAUCACGAUCACGAUCACGACCACAUAGUUAACACAGAGCUCCAAAAGGCCGAGUACGACGAGACCAACCGGUCCAUCAACAAGCCGCGUCCCUCGCCGCCACCGUCGCCGUCAAAACGUCCCAUUUCUGUAUCCUCUUGUACCCGCUCCUCCCCUUCUACCGGUCCAUGUCUCGUCUGUCGUAAGACGCUCCUGUUGAGCUAUUUCAACUGCUGCGCCGUAUGUCUCAGCGUGAUCGAGUGCGGGCAAAGGCGUAAAGACGACGACGACGACAACGACAACGACGAAGACAGACCUACCCGCAACAACCGCCCGCCCAUCCUACCCGUCUCCGAGCGGCAUCCCUCCCCCCCGCCUCCCCCACCCCGUCGGCUAUCCUCGUCCACGACCCUUGGCCCACGGCAAGCGGACGACGACGACGACGACGACGACAGGCGGGCGCGACACUGCGACAGCGCAUACUGCCGGUACACGCACCCGCGGCUGCUGAUGUGCCUGUUCGUGGCGUGCGAGCUCGUGCCGUCGCUGGGCGGGCUGGCCCUGCUGAACUUGGCCCUGUACCGGCACAGCUGGGUGCUGCUGCGGUUCGCCGGCAUGCUGCUGCUGCAGUGGUGGCAGAUCUUUAUGCUGCCGCGGCAGUUCUACAUCGAGGGGAGCCGGCAGUGGCGCUGGUGGGAGCCCCUCGCCAUCAGCACCGUGCUGCUCAAGAUCGUCUUUCCGUGGUAG